AAGAAAAGGGAAAACCUCUUUUCGCACAUAAGUGACGAAAAAGGGCACUUUUGGCGUGAGGGGUCUGACGCGGAGGGUGGCUGACCAAGCGUUUGUUUUUGACGCGCUGGGAGUGAGAAUGUGUUGGCCCAUCAAAAUGUUUGUAUUUUUUUUUAAAUAUAGCUUUUAAAGGGAAUACUGUACCUUCAUUCUGCACACCCUUAACACUCCAUAGAGGUAUUAUAUUUUUGAAAUAUAGCUUUUUAUUUAAUAGUUCCAUAUUCAACCCUUCUAAUUUAAUUCACCCCGUCACUUAUUUUGUAACAAAACACACACGUGUGACCUUCUGUCUUUAGUCAGAGUUCCUUUCUGCUGUCGGGGAGAAAAAGACACAGGUGUGUGGUCACCACGGUGACCCAAAUGAGCAACUGGAUGCAGCUUUAACAUUUCAUUAAAUCUUGGUUUUCUUUAAGAAAACAUCUAAUGAAUAUGAGAGUUUAUUUCAUGGAUGUUUCUUUCUUCUAGGACUGAGUUCUUUCUCCUUUUGAACUUCCUGUGCACUCAGCUGGAGAUGGUGCGUCUCUGCUGGUUGCUCCUGGCGUUCACGUGCAGCUCCGGGUUUGGGUCAACCUGCUUGGACAGCGCAGUUUGCAGCCAGCUGAGCAACAAGGAUCAAAUACUGGACUGUGUUCACCUCUGCAUGUCUGUGAUUCAAACUGAAAUCCCAGAUCUGAGUGAGUCUGCUCAGCAGAUCCAUGAUGAUGAUGACCUCUUACUCACCAUCUUCCUGUCCACUCUGGUUCCUGAAGACAAGCCAUCAGACGGAAACACCCACAGCGACCAGCGUCGUUCCUAUUCCAUGGAGCAUUUCCGCUGGGGGAAGGCCAACAGCCGGAAACUCAGACCUGUAAAAGUCUUCUCCUCCCUGGAGGGUGGGGGCUCUCCUGCGAGCGGCGCCCCUUUUCGGGCUUACAGGCACCUGCUUAAAGACCGGAGUGUAGCUCUUGAUGCAAAUCACCUAAAUCAGGAUUUGUUAGGGUCAAGGGUCACCUCCGGGUCAGGCCUGCCCAGGAGGAAAUUUAAGCCCUACAGGAUGAGUCAUUUCAGGUGGGGCAACCCCCCAGCAGCAAAACCAAACAACCGCUUCAUGAAGUCAUGGGAGGAGAAGCCUCAGGAGAAGCUGGACCAGUACUUCCAGAACACUGUAGUGAAGAGCAUCCAGAGGAUUAUGGCAUAAAUGGAGGACUGCACGUUAGCUUUCACAUGUGCUAGAUUUAAAUGACAUUAUUGUUCUGUUUUACUAUGUUGUUGAACAUGACUCUAAAGGAAAUAUUAUGUUGAACAUAAAAACCAUGAACUGCAGCAACUGCCUUGGACUUGUUGGAAUCUUUAGAGGAAUGUCAUU